AUGAGUCUUGAUAAUCUACCGUUAGAAGUUGCCAGGGAAAUUUUUUCUUAUCUAGUUGCUGAGGACAGAAGAAGUGUUGUUCAAACAAGCGCGCAAUUGAGAAAAACACUUUCUUCCACAUUUUGGGAAACGAUCAUCGUCGAUUUUCGCGAUGUCAGUUCUCUAGCUUUUGCCUCCUAUAUUACUGCUAGAAAAACGCAUAGCGACAAGAAAAUUCCUUGGAAAUAUCAUCGCCGGUACAAAUUCCCCAUUGUAGUAUCUAAAAUAUUCUUCAAACCUAAUCACCACAGCUGGUUUUUGAGUAACGAUGUGGUUAACGUUAUUCUAUUCGAUUACUCCGGUGGAUGGAGGCGUCUCUUUACCAAAACUAACUAUGCCCGACUUCAGUCAAUUGUCUCAAAAUACCCUUUUUCAUUUGGCGAUUUCACGUCCCCAAUCCCCAUUUUACAAUCCUCCUCACACAAAUCACUGAUAAACUUUUGUCAAAAUGAAAAGUUCCCUGGUGUUUUAACAGUAAAUGCAAUAUACGACAAUAAGAAUCUGUUUUAUAAAUUUUACAAGACAUUGGAAUAUACUCUGAAAAAUCUAAACAUACAAUUUGGCGAAAGUCAAGUAGAUCUCAAAAUCCCAUCUGACUUAAAUUUCCACAACCUGGAGUCAAUUACUAUUGAGCUGACAAAUGAAUACAAAACCUCUCUCAAGCCAUUACUAAAACAGUAUAAAAAAUGGCCAAAACUUAAAGCUCUUGAGCUCAUUUUAUCAAUCGAUGCCACCUUUGGUCUUUUGGAAACCUCCGACCCAUAUUCACCCGUCUGUUUUAUUCUUCCAAGCCACGUCGACACACUUGUUGCAUUGCCACCUAACUUGGAAACGUGCACAUUAGGCGUCAUAAUACUCAGCAAUCCAGUAGAUUCAAGCUAUGUUUUCCUUAAUGAAAUCUCUCCGAUUUCUCUCCCACAAGUCACAUUGCUCUCAGUUAGAGACUAUGAGGACUUUCAAGGGUUCACAAAACUUCGCUCCUGGUUAAGCUGUCCGAAUGCUUCUCUUAAUCUAAGUUGCACUGCUGGGGGAACAAAUGGUGACCGUUUUGAAAUUCAAAAACUGAGUCCCGUUUUAUCUGAAACAAUUAAUGUACUUUCUCUUCAAAUUUACGUCGGGUAUAGCACGGAACUGAUUUCUUAUCUUCCCAAUUUCACGAACCUAAGCAGAAUUCAGCUCACCCCUCAAGCUCAGUCCUUUGAGAAAACAAUAUUAAUUCCAAAUUUAUAUUCUGAUGGUUCUUGUGCCGAAAAUAAAUCUUUUUUCAAAGUCAACGAAUUAUAUGACCUUGUAUUCGAGUAUUGCCAAUAUGCUCGCUACCAAUUCUCAAAAUCCCCAGUAUUUCCAGAUCAAAAAAAUAUAAUAGAUAAUAUGGCUUUAGAAAAAGAAAUUAGUCAUCCCGAUUUAGAUAAAAUUGUGGGGGCAUUGAGAAGUCUGUUAAGCAACCCUCUAGAGUAUAUUCAAUCUUUGGGGCAACUUGACUUGGUUACCAUAGGCGACGAAUUGAUGGAUACUUUGCUCUCUAUUGGCGUCAACGAAUCGAUUUUCAAAACAAUAUCGGAAAUGCCUUCAGUCAAGUUUUUGGAGAUUGAGAUUUCAAACAAUUUUUACAUUUCGCCUUAUCUUCAGCACUUGUCACAUUACCACCCAGCUCUAGAGCAGAUUUUAUUUUCUUACUCUGAAGCUCGUGAUUAUCAGUUAGAUGAAUACAUCCCCUUUGAUCAUUUUGACAAGAUAAUAGCCCAAUCUUCACCUGCAAUGACUCAGUUCCCAUUGUCUCAAAGAGAAGUUGAAAAGUUUUUUUACACUCUACUUCCUGAGGUUCCAUACAAAUUCAUCUUAGAGCUGUCGGUAUUAAUAUCUCAAAACACAGAGACAUUAGAUUUUGAAGAAAACAAUUUUAAACAAGUCGUAUUUAUUUACAGACAAGGGGAUUUGAGUUCUGUUAUUGAUGUCAAAAGGAAACGAUGCUUUGAACACACUCCAUAUCAACAACAAUUUAGCCCCACACACUACACUCCUUUUAAAAAGAUUCGGCAACAAAAGCCUAUUAAACCCUCAAAGGACAUCAUACUGGAACCAUCAUUUAACGGCUGGAUAUGA